AUGACCCUUCUCGCCCCUGCCAACAAAGGGGCAUCGCAGUCCUUCCUCGUAUCCACGCUACGCGUUCUCUGCAGCCAAGAGAGGCUAAAAGAAGCCAUUGCUACUCUAGAUAUUCUCAACCAACAGGCAGAAUUAGUCCCUCCCCGAAUUCUGUCGUCUCUCCUCGACUUAGCGGCUAAAUCUCGGUCUGUAGAACACGUUUCUAAAGUUCAUUCUCAGAUCGUUGCUAACUGCCCUGGAUCGUACGUUCUCCUUUCCACUAAACUCAUCAAUGCUUACGGUAAAUGUGGAAGUGUUCAUGAUGCGCGCAAAGUGUUUGAUCAAAUCCCCAGACGAGAUAUUCGAUCAUAUAAUGCAAUGCUUCAUGGGUAUUCAAGGAACCGCCUCUUUGAGGAUGUCAUUCGCCUAUUCCUGCAUUUGGAAGGGACCGACUUAAGGCCCGAUGGUUUCACGUACCCACGUGUGUUGAAGGCUUUUGGAGCUCUUUCAAAGGUUUCUGAAGGAAAAAGGAUCCAUUCGAAGCUCAUUAAGUCAGGAUUUGGAUCGAGACAGGCCAUGCAAAAUGCAUUGAUUUCCAUGUACUCGAGAUGUUCAUCCUUAGACGAUGCAAGGCAAGUGUUCAGUGAAAUGCAACAGCGAAAUGUCGUCUCUUGGAACUCCCUGAUUGCAGGUUACGAACAGAAUUCUCUCUGGGAUGAGGCCCUUUGUCUCUUUCUUGAUAUGUUAAAUGGGGAUGCAGUGCCAGACUCCGUGACAAUCGUUAGUGUUCUUGCAGCAUGUACUGCACUUGGUGAUUUAAAGAAGGGGAUGUGGGUUCAUGAUUAUCUUUCAUCUCUUGGAUUUUCUGAUGAUGAUAUCUUGGUGAACAAUUCACUUAUCGCUCUAUACGCAAAAUGCAAUCAGAUGGUCAUUGCUGGUCAACUUUUUAGUAAAGUGCGUGAAAGGGAUGUUUUCACUUGGACAUCUAUGAUUUCAGGAUAUGCACAGGCUGGGGCAGAUGAGGCAGCACUCUUGUUUUUCCAGCAGAUGCAUGUUGCUGGGGUGAGGCCUAACAAAGUAACAUUUACUAGCGUGCUUCCAGUUUGUGCACGCUUGGCUGCUCUUAAAGUGGGCAAACUAAUUCAUGGGUUGAUGGCAAGACUUGUCUCUGAGUUUGAUGAUUUUGCCGCUUGUUCUUUGUUGGAUAUGUACUGCAAGUGUGGGAAUUUAAGCGAUGCUCGAGAACUUUUCAAUGAAAUUCCUAAAAGAGCACUUGUCUCGUGGAAUGCUAUGAUCAAUGGUUAUGGAAUGCAUGGAUAUGGAAAGGAAGCUAGCAUUCUAUUUGAACAGAUGGAGAACUUGGGUAUAAGGCCAGACCAUGUCACCUUUGUAGCACUACUUUCAGCGUGUAGUCAUUCAGGGAUGAUCGAAGCAGGGAUGCAUUACUUUGACACUGUCAUGAAUAGAUACCGAGUUCCUCGUAGAACUGAACAUUAUGCAUCUAUUGUUGAUCUUCUAGGCCGAGCUGGAAGAUUGGAUGAUGCAUGGAAACUUAUUGAGAGGAUGCCAAUUCCUGUGGAUGCAGAUGUGUGGGGAGCAUUGCUUGGUGCUUGUAAGAUACAUGGAAACAUCAACAUGGGUGAAUAUGCGGCAAAAAAACUGUUUGAGUUAAAGCCUCAGAAGGCUGGGUAUUAUGUUCUCCUGUCAAACUUGUACAGAGCGACUGGUAAACAGAAUGAUGUGGCCAAACUGAAGCUGCUAAUGAAAGAAAAGGGAGUGACAAAAGAUUCUGCUUACAGUUGGAUUGAGAUGGGCAAGGAUGUGCAUGUCUUUGUUGCUUGUGAUCAUCCUGAAUCGAAUGGCAUUUGUGGCAUCAUAAAAUGCUUGGAGGCACAUGCAGAAGAUGAAAGAAGGAAAAAACUCAAAGAGUGUAGUGAGUUCAGCUCAUCUUUACACUGA